AUGGGCGACGACAAAUAUUAUACUUUGGCUGAAGGCCGCCCUCUUGCUAGCAGUAAAACAGCUGUUAUGAUGCGAGGCGGACAAGGUGGUGGGCUCGGAUUGCUGCAGGAUACUCAGCUCAUUGAGACCUUGGCUCAUUUCUCUCGGGAGAGAAUCCCCGAGCGAGUCGUUCACGCCAAAGCUGUUGGGUCUUAUGGCGAGUUUGAAGCCACGCGCGACUGCUCCGACUUUACCAGCGCUAGCUUCCUGAAUAAGGCCGGAAAGAAAACAUCGGUGCUUCAGCGCGUGUUAACUGUCGGGGCUGAAUUAGGAUCAGCUGACACCUCUCGCGAUAUUCACGGAUAG